AUGUUUUAUAGUAUUCUUCUUCCUGCUAUUUUAAAUCAAAAUCAAUCAACAACAACAACACCAUCAUCAGUGGUUGAAACUAAUCCAAUUCCAUUAGAAAAACUUACUGAAUCAACAAAUAAUGAUCCGGUGAAAGAAAUGACUGAAGAUGAAUUAAUUAAAGAAAUUCAAAUGAGUUCACAAGCUCGUUAUGUAACACCACAACCACCAUAUCGUACAAGUUUAUUUGUUUGCCAUCAUUGUCAACAACCUGGUCAUAUCAAAAGUCAAUGUCCUUCAAUUCUGAUAGGUUCUACAUUCGAAAUGGUUUUAUCAAAUGAUAAACAACGUCGAUCUUUAUUUUCAUCUAUACCUUUUUGUGUAUCUGAUGAUUUUAAUAGUAAUAAUAAAGAUCCUAAUAGAAAUUUAUAUAUAAAUAUGAGAACUUGUUCAGAAUUCUUCUUGAAUAAAAAAAUCGAAAUAUUAAUUCAAAUUUUUCUCUUCAGCAAACAUGAAGUUCAAAUGCGACUGACCACAGGUAUACCAUGUGAUCGUCUUAUUCCUGUACCGACACAUAUACCUGAUACAUUGAGAGAUCAAACAGGUGCUUCUGUUGUACCCAGACAAAUUGCAGAAUUAUAUGUCGAAAGAAUUGAAAAGAAAGAUGCAUUAGGUCAAAGUACACGAGAAACAAAUGAAAAAAAUGUUUCAUUAUCAAAUAUAUAUUUAUCAACAUCUGCUGAUGAAGAACCUCCACCAAAUGAUCUUCUGCGUCCAAUAUGUAAACGUAUUUAUGUUGAUGCUGGUAUUAUACCUUGUUGUAAUCUUAGUUUUUCUGAUGAUUGUAUUCGUACAGCUUUAAUCGAUAGUCCUGAACAUGAAUGUCCUCAUCGUCAUUGUCAACAUGUUGCUAUUGAUCAGAUAAAUCCAAAUUUAUAUUUACGAAAUCAUAUUAAACGUUGGCAUGAACGACAAAAUCAAUCAUCUUAUUCACAUAUGUCAUUAUCUCAACAUACAUCACAAACAUUAGAUCAAGAUUCGGAUAAAACUCCAACAAAUCUUCGAAAUUCUAAUGAUAAUGUUGAAUAUGAUCCCGAUAUACCUUCAACAAAUUCACAACAAUCAACAGCAUCAAUAAAAACUGCACCGAUUAUUAUUAAAAUACAACCACAUGAAAAAAAACACCAUGGAUUGUUUCGAAUGAAAAAAAAAGAACGUGAAACUCCUCCUGCUCAAUUAACACCGGCUAAUCCAAUUUAUACAAUACUAUCACCUUCAACAAAUGCUGUUUUUCCGCAUUAUUAUCCAACAUAUCCUCCACAUCAUAAUAUAAUAUAUCCUCAUCAUAUUCCGCCAAAACCAGCAUAUGGUCUUUAUCCAAUUCAAACAUAA